CCAUGAAGGCUCUUCGGGGAAUGGUGAGCGGAGCCGUGAAUGAAAUCACCUCGGCUGUAAGCGGACACAAAAACGCCGCAGCUCGGGAGCAUGUGCUUGCCGUGAGCCGCGACUACAUCUCUCAACCGAGACUGACAUAUAAAACUGUGUCUGGUGUCAACGGCCCUCUGGUGAUUUUGGACCAAGUGAAGUUUCCUAAGUAUGCUGAGAUUGUCCACCUUACCCUCCCCGAUGGCACCAAACGCAGCGGCCAAGUGCUGGAGGUCAGCGGCUCCAAAGCCGUCGUUCAGGUCUUUGAGGGGACAUCAGGGAUUGAUGCCAAGAAGACGAGCUGUGAAUUUACAGGGGACAUUCUGCGCACCCCAGUGUCCGAGGAUAUGCUGGGCCGAGUCUUUAACGGAUCAGGAAAGCCGAUUGAUCGGGGCCCUGCCGUCAUGGCAGAGGAUUACUUAGACAUCAUGGGCCAGCCAAUCAACCCACAGUGCCGUAUCUACCCAGAGGAGAUGAUCCAGACAGGCAUCUCUGCCAUUGAUGGCAUGAACAGCAUCGCCAGGGGCCAGAAAAUCCCCAUCUUCUCUGCAGCUGGUCUACCACACAAUGAGAUCGCCGCACAGAUCUGUCGUCAGGCCGGCCUGGUCAAGAAGUCCAAAAGCGUGAUGGACUACAGUGAAGACAACUUUGCCAUUGUGUUUGCUGCCAUGGGGGUGAACAUGGAGACGGCCAGAUUUUUCAAGUCUGAUUUUGAGGAGAACGGCUCCAUGGACAACGUGUGCCUGUUCCUUAAUCUGGCCAAUGAUCCAACGAUUGAGCGCAUCAUUACUCCCCGUUUGGCGCUGACUGCUGCAGAGUUCUUGGCCUAUCAGUGUGAAAAACAUGUCCUGGUCAUCCUGACUGACAUGAGCUCUUACGCUGAAGCUCUGAGAGAGGUGUCAGCAGCCAGAGAGGAGGUGCCCGGACGCCGUGGUUUCCCUGGUUACAUGUACACUGAUCUAGCUACGAUCUAUGAGCGAGCUGGUCGAGUCGAGGGACGUAACGGGUCCAUCACGCAGAUCCCCAUCCUCACCAUGCCUAAUGAUGACAUCACACAUCCUAUUCCUGAUCUGACUGGGUACAUCACGGAGGGUCAGAUCUAUGUGGAGAGACAGCUUCACAACAGACAGAUUUACCCUCCCAUCAACGUGCUUCCCUCUCUUUCUCGACUCAUGAAAUCUGCUAUCGGAGAGGGAAUGACACGUAAGGACCACUCGGACGUCUCCAACCAGCUGUACGCGUGUUACGCCAUUGGGAAAGACGUGCAAGCCAUGAAGGCCGUGGUGGGAGAAGAAGCUCUGACCCCUGAUGAUCUGCUCUACCUGGAGUUCCUGCAGAAGUUUGAGAAAAAUUUCAUCUCCCAGGGUGCGUACGAAAACCGUACCGUUUAUGAAACUCUGGAUAUCGGCUGGCAGCUAAUGAGAAUUUUCCCCAAAGAGAUGCUGAAGAGGAUCCCGCAGAGCACGCUGGCGGAGUUUUACCCUCGAGAGUCCAAACACUGAGUCUUCAUACCUGUGCUCAGCCGCUCUAUCUGUAACGUUUUCCUUGAUAUCGUGCACCCUGUAUCACCUCUGCCCUCAAAUAUCACACUGCACAUCCUUCUCUUCCUCCUCAGAUGUAUUAUUCUACACCUCUCUUAGUGUAGCCUUGUAUAGCUCUGCUUUUACUGUUGUGAAUGUGGUUAAAGACGUCUGUGUGCAGCCUUACAUGCAAAUUGUGUGACUGUAUCAUUAGUUUAUUCGCAAAGCAUUCGGUCUGUGCCAAUGUUUGUGCCAGCUCUGACUUAACCGUAGUACAUUAUUUAUUAUUUAUUGAAGAUUGUAUUAUUUUGACCAUAUUUCAGGAUUUCAUAAAGCUAUCUGCAUGUCGAGCUUCAUUACCUGUUAGAACCGAUCGGCAGAAAGUGGAACCUGACCCAAAUAUUUUUAAAUAAGCUAUAAUCUCGCUGUUCCUUUAUAUCCGGUAUAUUGUAGAGAGGCCACAUGAUAGUCCAUGGGGGCGCUGUGUUCGUCUCUAACAGGUCAAAACAUUUAUCAAGCAAUAUUCAAUUUACUUAGUCGGUUUACAUACACAAGUAUUUCCAUUUCAUGCCAAUUUAGAGAUUUCACUGGUUUCUGCAGCAGUUCUUUUUCUCUGACUGAAAAUUAUGUUAUAUAAAAAAAAAAUUUAGUAAAAUAGAUUUUUUUUUCAAUGCAUUUUCUCCCAAUUUUCCUCCCGAUUUAGCGCAGUCAAUAUGUCUGCUGCUGAGGGAUACCCGAUUGCAUCCGAGGAGAGCACAUCGCUGCUCACACCUCUUCUUGUCCCUGCAUUUUGCACAGGCGUCUCUUCCGCCAAUCAGGGUCCUUAUACAGCGUAUGAAGAUCCCACCCACACAUAGUCCGGUCGUCCAACUCUAGCAGAUACGGUGGCCAAUUAGUAUCUGCUACAGGCACUGACAAUUAUGCCCGUCAGAUGGCGCCCACCCGACCGGUGGGAACGCCAAGUUUCAAACAGUAAAAUCUAUUUUUGUAGAUUUUCUGAAAAUCCGCUGGGUAAAACUAUACAUACAGCGAUUCUUAAUUCUUCAUUCUUGGAUUCUUAAUUUGGGAAAAGAUUAAAAUGUUUUUGGGCGGUGAGGUACCACGGGGUGUAUUAAAAUCUGAUUUUCUGCCAUUCAUUUAUGUUUCAGUGAUUAAUAGGCAGCACUCUAUGGCCAAACAUUUGUAGACUGCCUCCACUAGAUUUCGGAACCUAACUCCAGGGAUUGGCUUCCACUCAGCAACCUAAGGUCAGGUACUGAUGUUGGAAAGUAUGUUAUAUAGAAAAAAAAAAUUGAUUUUGUGUAGGUUUUCUGAAAAUCCACUGAACAAAAAGGUACAUACAGCGACUUAGAUUCUUAAUCUGAGAAAAAAGGACGACAAGGUGCCACAGUGGGUUCAAACAAAAUGUACAAAACAAUAUUAUUAGUGACUUGCAUUAUGUAUACUAAAUUUUUACUGUGUAACAGCAGUGGGGGGUAAUAGCUCCAUGUGCCCCCUCACUUUGGGAACCCCUGGUUUACAGUGUCAUCCAUGUACCAGCAGCUUUACUGGUUCAGGACUAUUUUUCUUUCAGCAUAUGCUGUUAAUUUAACCACUGUUACAUUUUAUGAUGGUGCAGUUAAACUAGCCCUGUUUCUAUAAGCUCAGAAAAGCCCAAAACUGAAGGGAAUCAUAAUCAAGAGGAAUUAGGAACCUGUGCAGCAAAGUUAAAUGACUUUGUUCAACGUUUCAGACCAUCAAAUUGAUUGUAAUUACUGUUUGUGUACUUUUGACCCAGCGUACUUUCAUAAAACCUGUUUACAAUUAUUCAGUCAAAGCAAAGGAAAAAUCCCCAGAAUGGCAUGAGGUACGUGGUCCAUUACAAGUGUAUGUAAAUAUUUUGACUUGAAGUAUCUGGCUUAUCAAAAAACUAUUUAUUUACAUGCCUAACGUUUGAUUUGCUUGGUUUUGUUAUCAGUGAUGAUCGGUUGGAUGUUGUUUACAUGAAAUCUGUUACAAUUCAUUCAUCUAAACACAAUAAUCGUUUUUAUUUGGUGAUGUAUGUAUGUGUUUAUUUAUUGAUGUAUUUUUUAUUAUUAUGUUUCUGUAUAUUUGGUGCCAUGGAUGACUUGUUUAAUGUGUAAUUCUAAAUCUCUUCAGAAUCUAUAUGCUGUUGUGAAGUGGAUGUAAAUGCUGUUGUAAAUCUCAUACAAGUUUCAAAUGAAAGGAUUUUUGUUUGUUUGUUUGAAUGCAUGGAAAUUAUAUAGUGACGUCACGUGUCUAGUCCAUCAAAUGUGUUUAUUAAAAUGUAAUCUUGUGCCAUUCA